AUGGCUAUUUUUAAUAUAAAUGAUGAUGACUAUCUUGGUCGUGUUAACGAACAUGAUCUUACCGAAGGCACGGCAAAAAAGAAGAGAACUAUAAAAGAAAAGCUAUUCUGGCAUAUCAAAAAACAUGAUAUACCAACGGAAAACCUAUGCCGAGCUGAAUUAGUUACAAUGCCAAGAUUUUGUGGUUAUGCAUUUAAUCCUGUUAGCUUUUAUUAUUGCUACGAUAUUAAUGAUGUUUUGAAAGUCCUUGUUUUGGAAGUUAAUAAUACUUUUGGUGAAAAACAUUUAUAUAUUUUGGAUCGUGAUAAUGAAGCUGAUAAAUCAAUCAGACUUGGGUUUGAUAUGAGUUUUACUAUAAAACGUGCAUUUCAUGUAUCACCUUUUAACGAUCGAAAAGGCAUAUAUAAAGCAUUCUGUAAAGAUCCUAAAUCAGGGUACCUGGAUAUGAGACUAGUCAUGUAUACAGAUCCUUCUCAUUCGGAUGAUGUUUCUAGUGAUAAUAUUACCUACAAGAGUAAUACGCCGAUACAACGAUUUAGAAAAAAAUUGGUUGCGACAGCAUCUGGUCAUUCAUAUUCUCUAAACCUGAUUAGUGUGAUUUAUGCGAUAAUGACAUAUCCAUUAGAGAUUUUCUUAACUAUGCCACGUAUUCUUAAAGAAGCAUACAAAUUGCAUUAUUAUAAGAAUUUGGGAAUAUAUCAUAGACCUAUUCCAGUCGAGGGAACUGUUGUGAAAUUGGAUCCAAAUUUCAUUGAUCGAUACGCGCAAGAGAUAAUUACAAAAUAUCUCUUUUACCUUGUCUCCAAGCAUACCUCAAUAAUUAAUAUCACUAUACAUCUUCCAGAUCCGAAUAUACCUCCAAUUCAAAUAUAUCCCGACAACUAUAAUGGAGAUCUUCAAAACAUUAAGCACAUUAAGAUUUCAUUGCAUAAUUAUUCAUUUUUUACCAAUCUUUUAAUUAAUCAAAAUUUUUAUCGAGCGUUACUUAUCGGAUAUUUUGAGAAAGCAUGGGAUUGUAAUGAUUUACCGUCGUUGAUCGACUUAUUUUUUAAUCAUCCUAAUAUCAUUGAGGAUGACCUAAAAGAUAAGCAUGAUAAUUCGAUACACAGAGAUAAUAAACAAAGGUUAAGCUUUUAUGAAUCUAAAACCGCAAUGAUAAGAAGAUGGUAUUGGAAAAAAUUAUUAAAUGAUGAGAAUACUGGAGGUAUUAAAUCGAAACAAGAGUUUGAUGAAAUGUUACAUUCACUUUGGCCAGCUGAAGGUGUAGAUCAAGAUUUUAUCGCCAGUAUAGCACAGAAUGAUGUUUGUUUUGAUCUAAGGCUUAAAGCAAUUAUUAACUCGCACAAAAACAUUGCAAUAGCAUUCCGAGAUCUUUUAAUAAAAAACAACGAAAAUAAGAUAUUAGCAUUAUUUGGAUAUACCCAUUUAUACCUACUGACCAUUCCAUCAAAUAAUUCGAUUAAACAUCUACAACCUUUAAUUUCACAUCAACUACAUUUAUUACCAUUUCCACCACGGUACAUUCCGUAUGAAGGAUGGGAGGUUGUUUAUGAAAGAAAAGCAAAUAAUAAUAAGCUUGAACUAAUGACAUUAUCAUCGCCUUUACCACUUUUACCAAGAGAAGAUGAAAUACUAAAAGAAGAUAGACAAUUUAGAUUAUGGUAUUUUAUGAAAUGUUAUAGAAAUGGGGUAUUGUUUAGAAAUAACGAUCUUUAA